AUGGGUGUCAUCGAGAAGAUCAAGGCCAUCGAGGAAGAGAUGGCCAGGACGCAGAAGAACAAGGCCACCGAGCACCAUCUGGGGUUGUUGAAAGGUAAACUGGCGAGGUACAGACAGCAACUUCUUGAAGAGAAUGCGGCCACUACUGGUGGUGGUGGUACUGGGUUUGAAGUUGCCAAAUCUGGUGAUGCCAGAGCCGUAUUAAUUGGGUAUCCAUCUGUUGGUAAGUCGUCGUUAUUGGGGAAAAUCACAUCGACAAAGAGUGAAGUCGCCCAUUAUUCAUUUACAACAUUGACUUCUGUCCCCGGUGUUCUUAAGUACGAAGGAGCUGAGAUCCAAAUUGUAGAUUUACCAGGUAUUAUUCACGGUGCAUCUCAAGGUAAAGGUCGUGGUCGUCAAGUGGUAUCUACCGCUAGAACAGCAGAUCUUGUGGUGAUGGUUCUUGAUGCCACAAAAAGUCAACACCAACGUGAAUCCCUAGAGGCAGAAUUAGAAGCCGUGGGGAUCCGUUUGAAUAAGGAACGUCCAAACAUUUACUACAAGAAGAAAGAGACAGGUGGUGUCAAAGUUACAUUUACUGCACCACCUCAAGCAAACUUGACGGAAGAUGCCAUCAAGUUGAUCUUGAAGGAUUACCGUGUACAUAAUGCAGAUGUGCUGGUACGUGACGAUCAAUGCACCAUUGAUGAUUUCAUCGAUAUUAUCAAUGAUCUACAUCGUAACUACAUCAAAUGUUUAUACGUUUACAACAAGAUCGAUGCGGUCUCCCUAGAGGAAGUCGACAAGCUGGCCCGUGAACCAAACACUGUGGUCAUCUCAUGUGAGAUGGACUUAGGAAUGGACGACGUUGUAGAACAGAUAUGGUACCAAUUAAACUUAAGUCGUGUAUACACCAAGAAGCGUGCGUUCAAACCUAGCUUCGAUGACCCUCUAGUGGUAAGGUCAAACUCUACUGUUGGGGAUCUUUGUCAUUCCAUUCACAGAGACUUCAAGGACAAGUUUAAGUAUGCCUUGGUGUGGGGUUCCUCUGCAAAACAUUCACCUCAAAAGUGUGGUCUUACGCAUAGAAUAGACGACGAGGACGUCAUUACGCUAUUCACUAAAUAG